AUGGUUCAAUCUAUGACAUCUGUCGUUAAGGCAGCUAAUUUCAUUUUAGCAAGACCAACAUUAUCAAAAAUCAUUACACCACUUGCUCAAAAAUUCACUGCUUAUGCAGGGUAUAGAGAAAUGGGAUUAAAAUUCAAUGAUUUACUUCUUGAAGAAACCCCAAUUAUGCAAACUGCUAUUAAAAGAUUACCUUCAGAAUUAAAUUAUUCAAGAAAUUUUAGAAUUCUUACUGCUCAUCAAUUAGCUUUAUCUCAUCAAUUAUUACCAGCUGAAAAAGCUGUUAAACCUGAAGAAGAUGAUAAUUAUUUGAUUCCUUAUAUUUUAGAAGCUGAAAAGGAAGCUUUUGAAAAAGCUGAAUUAGAUAAUAUUGAAGUUAAAGCGUAA